GGCCGUCCCGGCGCCGGUCGGGCCUUCGGGCUCCCGCCGUCCUUCGCUGGCCGCCGGCCUCCAGCUGCUCCCGCUACUGGGGCUACUGCAGCUGCUGGCCCAGCCUGGCUUGGGCCGCGUCCACCACCUGGCGCUCAAGUAAUCCCUGCACCCAACGUGGGGCUCAAACUCAGGACCCCGUGAUCAAGAGUUGCAUGCUCUAUGGACUGAGCCAGCAAGGCACCUCUGUUGUUUAUAAUUUUUAAAAGUUACAUUUGAUUGUAAAAACUAUUGUAAAUCUCACUGUCAGAAGUCAAAAAUGAUUUUGUGAAUAUAAUACUUCAUUUUUAGAGGCAUAGCUGGUAGAAAACCAAAAAGUAUUUUGAUUGGGAUGAUGUGAGGCAUAAAGUUCACCUGAACACCUUUGGAUUCUUCAAGGAUGGCUACAUGGUGGUUAACGUCAGUAGCCUUUCAGUCAAUGAACCUGUAGGAGCCACAGACAAGGACACAACUAUUGGAUUCAGCUUAGAUCGCACAAAGAAUGAUGGAUUUUCUUCUUACCUGGAUGAAGAUGUGAAUUACUGUAUUUUAAAAAAGCAGUCAGUCUCUGUCACCCUUCUAAUCCUAGACAUCUCCAGAAGUGAGGUGAGAGUAAGAUCCCCACCAGAAGCUGGUACCCAGUUGCCAAAGAUCGUCUUCAGCAAGGAUGAGAAGGUCCUAGGCCAGAGCCAGGAGCCUGGGGCUAACCCUGUUUCAGCAGGCAACCAGACGCAGCUAAAACCAGACAGUGGAAAAUCUAAAAGAAGUACAGUAGAUUCAAAGGCAACGGGAGAAAAAUCCUUUUCUGUUCACAAUAGUGAUGGGGCAGUUUCUUUUCAGUUUUUCUUUAACAUCAGCACUGAUGACCAAGAAGGCCUCUACAGUCUUUAUUUCCAUAAAUGCUCUGGGAAUAAAGUGCUGUCUAGCGACAAGUUUUCCUUCAGCCUUGAUAUUGAGAUCACAGAGAAGAACCCUGACAGCUACCUCUCCGCAGGAGAAAUCCCUCUCCCUAAAUUAUACAUUUCCAUGGCCUUUUUCUUUUUCCUUUCUGGAACUAUCUGGAUUCACAUCCUUCGAAAACGACGGAAUGACGUAUUUAAAAUUCACUGGUUGAUGGCGGCCCUUCCUUUCACCAAGUCUCUUUCCUUGGUGUUCCAUGCAAUCGACUACCACUAUAUCUCCUCCCAGGGCUUUCCGAUCGAGGGUUGGGCUGUCGUGUACUACAUCACUCACCUCUUGAAAGGGGCACUACUGUUCAUCACUAUCGCGCUCAUCGGCACCGGCUGGGCUUUCAUUAAGCAUAUCCUUUCUGAUAAAGACAAAAAGAUCUUCAUGAUUGUCAUCCCGCUCCAGGUACUGGCAAACGUGGCCUACAUCAUCAUAGAGUCCACCGAGGAGGGGACAACGGAAUAUGGCUUGUGGAAGGACUCUCUGUUUCUGGUGGACCUGCUGUGCUGUGGAGCCAUCCUCUUCCCAGUGGUGUGGUCAAUCAGGCAUUUACAAGAAGCAUCAGCAACAGAUGGAAAAGCAGGUGACAGCAUGCGACCUCUUCAGCAGAGAGCGAAUAUGAAAACAGGAAGUCACACCAGCACACCAGCUGCUAUUAACCUAGCAAAGCUGAAACUUUUCAGACACUAUUACGUCUUGAUCGUAUGUUAUAUAUACUUCACCAGGAUCAUUGCAUUUCUCCUCAAACUGGCUGUUCCGUUCCAGUGGAAGUGGCUCUACCAGCUCCUGGAUGAAAUGGCCACGUUGGUAUUCUUUGUUCUUACGGGCUGUAAAUUCCGUCCAGCUUCAGAUAACCCCUACCUACAACUUUCUCAGGAGGAUGACUUGGAAAUGGAAUCAGUAGUGACGACAUCAGGGGUGAUGGAGAACAUGAAGAAAGUCAAGAAGGUGACCAAUGGCUCAGUGGAGGCUCAGGGUGAUUGGGAAGGCACCGCAUGAUGGAGCAGAUUGAGGCUGGGACUGUCAAAGAGAACCUCUAAUUUAUUAAUCGUCCUAGUGGUGAGCAGGAGCAGUUGGCACCUCCCGACAGUGACACCACAGAGCACGCGGCUGGGAACAAAGUGCCACGGAAACCUAAUUUUUUACUCUCUCUUAUGGAAACUGGAUCUGUGGCUGGUUAUGGGCAGCUAGAAUUCUUCAGAUGGGAAUGGCGGGGAGGGAGUGCAGACAGGAGGAGGAUAAAAGGAAGACUUUGUAAUUUAUAUUUCUCUCUUUUUUAAAUUGAGAACUCUCAAGAAAUACACAGUUGUGCCCUCAAGUGUGUGGCAGCAGGGAGAGCGGUGGUGGCAGGCAGGCGGGUGGCCGUGCAAGGCUGGGGCUGGUCACAGUUCAGGAACAGGGGAUCAGGGGCUGAGGUAGGAUACAGAACUUAGAAGGGAAGGGGAACUUUGAGGGACAGAAAUGAAUGAAAAUUAGGUUAUUUUAGAAAGCAGAGUCAAAACCCAAUUUAGUAACCGGAGGCUGCCGCAGGAUUCUGGCCCUGAACCCAGAUUCUGAAAGUGACCAGGAGCCAGCAGCUCCUGAGGCCCAGUGGUCCUCUCUUCCCAAAAGGCUCUGUUGUCCUAGGGCUGAAUAUCACUGUCAGAGUCAUGGCUCUGGAAUUAUGGUGGGAAGUGCUAUUCUGGAUUGAAGCAUAUUUGGUGUUGUCUAAUGGAUAGACAGAAAUGUAUGUUUAAGCUCAAAAAGCAUUAUCUAGUAGGAUUCUCUUGAACAUCUGGCUCCCCCGACUGCCCCGAGCAAGACCACCUCUUUUCCCUCUUCUGUGGCUGUGUUGGUUUUGUGUAAUCAAAAUAUGGAGAGAAACGGGAAGGAAUUUCCUUAAAAGGAGCAGCUGGGGGCAGAAAAGCUAGUGUUUAAGCAAAUAUUUGAGUACAAGCAAAUUGUCAUCAUUAUAAGUUUUUCCUAUAAACCUGGUCGGCUUUCUGACAGGAAUGAAAUGGGCCUCAUCCGUGUCUCCCAAGGGCAUGCACUCGAAGAGAACAGGUGUGGUUAAACAGAGCUUUUCUCUCAGGGACUGGGGAUGGCGAGCUCUCUCUCAAACUCAGCCGAGGGCCCUUCCAAGCUCUUGGAGCCUGGGGAUGGGUGCGGGAGCAGUGGUGCAGCUGGUAGCGGAGUCCUCUGGAUCAUAAGAUGAGCUCAGAAGGUCCACUGCAGCCCAGGGGACGAGGGCUCGCGCUGAACUCCUACCAGGGUUGUGGUCCCCAGGCCUGAGACCAGAGGAAGAACCAUGGCCUCAUGGGGAACGCUCCCCGGGGGUGCCAGGAGCCCACAUCUGUGUGGGGGAGAAGGGGCCACUGUCUUCCCUUUGGCUUGGAAGCGUCCACCAGAAACUGCAGAACCUGGGGGUUGUGCUCAGCACCCCAGCUUCAGGCACCUGUAGAGUCUGUCCUCAGUUGUCCUUCCCCUGUGCUGUCCUCUGUCCUGGACGAGGGAGCAGGAAAGCCUUCUUUCCACGCACGUUCCUCAGUCCUCAGUGCACUGCACAAAGGAGACUGAGGCGUCCCAGCCAGCUGUGUGCUGCCACCCAGUGUCCCCCCUCUUCCCAGGCGGCUGCUCACCUCUCCACAGAUGUCAGGGGAGGGCCAUGUGUCUCCCCACCUUCAGGAGCAAGGAAAUACGCCCCAAGUAUUUAUUUAAAAGUCUUUCUUUUUCUGUCUUUCUUCCUUUUUUCUUAAGUGAGGGCUACACGAUGGGAGCCUUAUGGAAGUUGCAGGGACGAUGGGAAUAUUAAGAGUCUGUUUUCUUGGCGUAAACAUAGUCCCGGGACUUCCAAAGUGUCUCAUGCUAUGGCCAACCUCCACCCCCCCCCCCCCUUAGGUGCUUCCCUUAGAGGGACACCUUUGCUGUUUGUCCUGCGAGCAGAUGUUCUUGACUAGGCCAUGAUGACUUCUUGCAAGACCCGGAAGUGUGAGGAAACUUCCCCCCUAGCCAGGGUCCCCACAGGGGUGUUCUCAAUUCACUUGCUGGAAGCAGGGGAGUGAAGGAGGGAGGGAAGAAGAAAAUAGGUGGGGGUAGCCUCUACCUCCCCGCCACUACCCGAGCCACGCCGGGCCUCGUCUGCCAGCUCAUGCUCAUAGCGGCUGAGUGGCUGCGGCGGGACAGUCCUGACCCCUCUGAAAGGGAGAGUGGUGAUGUCGGAGUACAGGCUAAUAAGCAGCGUGUCUGCCCAAGUCCUACACUGAAACUGGCAGAAGGUGUGAAGUGAAGCCCUGUUAUCAAUAAAAAUCAAACCCCCAGCCCAAGAUGGGGAAAACUGGUUUUCCCACGUUUGUACAAGUUGUUAGAGUUCUCCAUCCUGUAAGAUGUCCACGUUUGUACAAAUUGUUGGAGUUCUCCAUCUGUAAAAAUGUCUUCCCUUUCUCCCUGUCUCCAUCAUCUAGUAGCUGUGACCGGCACUCCACUCUCCCCCCGAGGCAAGAUGACUAAUGAGGUCCAAAGCCAGGCAGUCACCCCUGUCCUUCCAGCAGCUCGGUCUUCACCACCACACGCAGCGCUUCCACACUUAAGCCCUUCAGUGUUUUGGGGAGCAGGCAGAAAGGAUCGGGUGCGCAUCAUAGAGUGAUCAGCAGUAUUUAUAGCCUUGCUUUGUGCUCCUACUCCGUGUUUCUGCCUACGCACAAUACCCAUGCUUCCUUUGAGACAUCUGUGGACUGGAAGUGCGGCUGGCUGUGAAAUUGUAGGAAGUAAAGGAUCUGUUUUCAUGUAAUAAAGUGUGUGUAUUUUGCUAGAAAAUUACUACUUAGACAACAAGAACAAUCAUCGAUCUCUUAAUUUUGGCUUUUAACAGUGGCCAAAGACUUGGUCAGCCUAUUUCUUGGUUCCUUGAUGCUUUAAAAUUUCAGUAGCAAUGCAUUUUAACCUGCUGAAUACAACUCUGGUGAAUAGGUGGCCCAUUCUCCCGUUAGGAGCUGCUUACUCUGCUGUAAAAGAUGGUUUCUCAGACCAUAGCUUAAGUCAGUUCAGUUUUCUUCCAAGAAACUGCUCUGGAGUAAAAUGUCCAGGUUUGGUUUCUCCUGGACAUAUCCGGGCAGCCACAGCAGCACUGCCUCAUGUUCUGCGUGCCUGUUGUGGCAAGAUUUCUGUUCCUGCAUUAUGAUCUCCUCAGGAUAUCUGUGCUCCCUUGUUCCACAACUGGCCGUCCCCUCCCUCUUCUCCUCCCCUCCCCCUUCUCCCCCUUCCCCUCUCCUCAGCCCACAGCUAUUGAUUCCACAUAGGCUCAGUCUGGGAACAUGGGCUGAAGGCUUUGGUGCACUGCAGCAUUUUCUCCCAGUAGCUGUGAAGGAUGUACUUUCUAACCCAAGGAGAAUUUUAUCAAGAGCGUACAUACUAGUGUUGCAUGUUACGCUUUGGACCCCCCACACUAAAAUAUAUUCUUGUUUAAUACUUGAGAGGCUGUUGCCAGGAGCCAGUCCUUACAGACCGAGAAGGGUGUGAAAAAUGCCUGUUUGAAUUGUGAGUGGCGUCCUGGCCAUCUCCCACAUCCUGAAGCAUCUUCUCCAAGGAAGGCUCUCAGAACAUUAGAUGGUCUGCUGAAGUGGUUGGUGCUGCUCCAUACACCCCGUGGAACAGUAAGACCGUUCAUGCUGAUAAGCUGCUGGAUUUCACAAGAAGCAGAUCCCAGCCCCCUCCUCAGCCCGUUUCCACACUCCACACUCACCCCUUAGUGCUUUCUUCUGACACUCUGGCCUUUUAACAGAUCGAGAAUGUACCAAGUCCAUGAUGCCUAUGGCUGGCCUGCUGCCUGCUUCUCCCAUUCAGGAUUCAGUAAAUGAGUAGGUUCCCCACUAAAGAAUUUAGGCUCUGACUUGGUACUUCUUGGUAUAUCAAGAUGUCUUCAUCUGGAACGUACUGUAUGUUCUAAGAAGUUGCUCUUUACUCCAGGUUUCUCCAGGGUGUUUUGGGCAGGAAGUCUUUAAAAAGAGGCCCACCUGAGUUGAUGCUAGUACUUGUCGCACCUGAAAAUGUAGCUGAACACUCCAGGUUUGGUGAGCUGAACAUUCCAGGUUUCCCCCAGGGCUUCUCUGCAGUCUGGCAGCGCAUCUGUGCCCCCCAUGUGUGGUUUAUGCUUAAAAAACAUGUUUCUCGAUGGCUCUCUGUUAGGGCAUGGGACAUGCAUAAGCCCCGAGCUACCAUGUAAGGAAGGCAGCCUGGCGGAGAGGGACAAAGCGGUGUGGGAGCAAGGAUCUGGUCAUGCUACAUAGGGACUGUUGAGGUUCUGGGGGCAGGUAAUCUGCAGGCAGGCUGUUUGGGAAGGAGGAGUUCUGGACAAAGUCAAUAAGGUCUGACAUGAGACAGAAAAGCUAACUCACUUCGAAGACAGCUUAUUUAGGGCAGGCUCUGGGGUUUUGUGGUGGGCAGCCAAAUCAGACAGGGGGACCAGUGGGGCAGCCUUCUUAGCAUAAGAUACUUAUUACAAAAGGAUCCCCAAAUCCUGGCCACACAAGGGGGCAGUUCUUGACGCCUUAAGCCUCUUUUGCCAACCAUAAAUUGGAUUUGCCUGGUCAUGUGAUCUCAAAAGAAGCCAGACACAUCGAAUCCAGAAAUAAGUUUCAUUUGGGGGAGAAAAUGCCUGUAAAUAUCAUUUCUUUCCAGGUUGGGAUGCAGGAAUUUUCAGUAUUUUUUUUAACACUGAUGAUCAUUGAAGAGUAUUUAUGUAAACAUAUAAUGGGUGGGGGUUCUGAUCAGGGUGACGUAUGGGAUGGGUUCUCUUGCUGUGAUGCAGACAUGUAAAAUAAAGAUUCUCUGACAGAAAUGUAUGUUUGUAAUCCUGCAGGGAGUCACUGACUCCUGGCUGCUGUCUCUCCUCCCGCUCAUCAUUUUUUCCUUUGUGAUUCUUGUUCAUUAAAUUAGUUAACUGCC